GCAGAGGGACGAAGCGGAAGAGAAAAUCAUCUGCACUGGCUCCGUGUUGUGCUCGUGCUUGCCUGUCUCCUGCGGACGGCAUCGAUUCAGGGGGUGAAAUCAGCUUUGUUUUGCUGUGUUUACAUCCGACCCCCGAGUUAAAAACAACACAGGGCUGCGCAAACAUCAGGAGGGAAUGGAGUCUCACGGCAGAGACGAACUAAAGGGACCGGUGCUGCAUAUCGUGGUGGUUGGAUUUCACCACAAAAAGGGCUGUCAGGUUGAAUUCUCCUACCCGCCGUUGCUGCCAGAUGAGGGUCAUGACAGUAACCUGCUGCCAGAAGAGUGGAAGUACCUCCCUUUCCUGGCUCUUCCUGACGGGGCGCACAACUACCAGGAAGACACUGUGUAUUUCCACCUGCCGCCGCUGAGUGGAGCCAUGAAGUGUGUCUACGGAGUGUCGUGUUAUCGCCAAAUAGAAGCAAAAUUUUUAAUCCCUCUCCAGGCCCUAAAGGUCCGACAGGCUGACGUCACCAGAGAAACCGUUCAGAAGAGCGUCUGCGUCCUCAGUCGAGUGCCUCUCUACGGUCUGCUUCAAGCAAAGCUACAGCUCAUCACGCACGCCUACUUCGAGGAGAAAGACUUUUCACAGAUCUCUAUUUUAAAGGAACUGUACGAUCACAUGAACGGCUCUCUGAGGGGUUCAGCUCUGGAGGGAUCACAGGUUUAUCUUGGGUUAUCACCAAGAGAUUUAAUACUGCACUUUCGACACAAGGUUCUCAUCCUCUUCAAGCUUAUUCUGCUGGAGAAGAAGGUCCUGUUCUAUGUGUCUCCUGUCAACAGACUAGUAGGAGCUCUGAUGACAGUUUUAUCACUGUUUCCAGGUAUGAUUGAGCACGGCCUGGUGGACUCAUCCCACUACAGGCCUAAGAGCAGCGUGUCGGAGGACCUGAUCCUGGUGGAGAGCGUCUCAGGAGCCGAGGAGUUCGUCUCCGUGUCCGUCACCGACAUCGCCAACACCACGCUGGAGCUGGAGGGGGAGGGGACCGCCCAGCCUGCCGCAGAGUCUCUGUCCUGCAGGAACAGCACGGACGGAGACAACCACUUCCUGAAACCCCCGUCACGCACCUCCCCGGAGUCCUCAGAGAGCGACUGGGAGACUCUGGACCCCAGCGUGUUGGAAGAAAGUGGUCCUAAAGAGGCAGCUGAGGGGAAAGAGACAGGGUCAGAGCUCCCGGACACCUUCGACUCCAAGCCGGGGACACCCAUCACUGUGCAGCCACAGGCCGCCAGCGGUCAGGGAGGGGUCAUCCAGGGUCUGGUGUCUGGGCUAGAGGAGGAUCAGUACGGCCUGCCGCUCCCCAUCUUCACUAAGGGUUACCUGUGUCUGCCCUACAUGGCCCUGCAGCAGCAUCACCUACUGUCAGACGUGACGGUGCGCGGCUUCGUUGCCGGGGCGACCAACAUCCUCUUCCGCCAGCAGAGGCACCUCAGUGAUGCUGUUGUUGAUGUGGAAGAAGCUAUUGUCCACAUUCAGGACCCCGAGCUCCGGAAGAUCCUGAGCCUGACAACGGCGGACCUGCGUUUCGCCGACUACCUGGUCAAACACGUGACGGAGAACCGCGAUGACGUUUUCCUGGACGGGACGGGCUGGGAGGGCGGAGACGAGUGGAUCAGAGCCCAGUUCACCCUCUACAUCCACUCCUUACUGUCCUCUGCAUUACAGCAAGAUAACGAGAGGCUGCUGGCUGAUUACGGCGCGCCUUUCGUCGCAGCCUGGAAGAUCACCCACAACUUCCGGGUGUGGUACGGCAACAAGCACCCCGCCAUGGCCGCCAUCACCCCGGGACAUCCGUUCCAGGGCCAGUACAGUGUUGCUGACGUGAAACUACGACUCUCACACUCGGUGCAGAACAGCGAGAGAGGGAAGAAGAUCGGUAACGCCAUGAUCACCACCAGUCGCAGUGUGGUCCAGACGGGGAAGGUAGUGGGUCAGUCGGUUGGCGGAGCGUUGACCAGCGCCAAGUCGGCCAUGUCUUCCUGGUUUUCCACACUGGCCCAGCCUGCAGCUGUAACCCCCCCGGCCUGUCCAGAGCCCGCCACAGAGGUCAAACCCUGAAACCAAACCCACCAGUCCUCUUACUCUGUCUCCUCAUCCUCUGGUCUUCUGGCUGCUGUGAAGCCUGAGGGUCAGCGGAGUGAGAGCUGCUUUUAUGAAAGAUGUGAGCAGAAAUGGUCAUCUUCAGAACCAACGAGUUUUAACUCUUUAAAAAAAAAAACCCCGACAGUCUCAUCCCUGUUUGGUGGCCACUCUGGACAGGAAGGCAGCACUGCCGUUAUACUAACUGUACAGUCCAUAUCCACUGUGAGGCAGAGGCUGCCAGCGUUAUUGAUCAAAACCCAGAAAUUUCAGCAGGCUGCAAUGCGUCUGACCGCCUGUCUGUCACUGCUGCAGUUUGUAUUGCUGGAUGCUUUCCUGUGAGACACUAAAGAUGCUGUCGUUGGGUUUUGCGGUGUUCACUCUUUGCUGCAUAUUUCUAGAGUUUGUCUAUAUAGCCGACUAUUUUGCUGAGAAAUUACGUUUUAAAAAAAAAAAAUCUGUCACGUGAUUUGACAGAACAGCAUGAGCUGUGGCACCUUGAAGAUUUUAAGAGUUUAGAUUUUAAGUUCAGUCUGGCUCAUGUUCGGUGACGCCUCUGUAGUGACAUUGUAGUUGUCCUGGUAACAGCACGAACUCCUCUGUGAGAUGUAAUUGCGUAAAUUAAUGUUGAGGCUGCAACUAACAAUUAUUUUUCAUUAUCGAUUAAUUCGUCGAUUAUUUUUAAGAUUAUUUGUUUGUAUAGGUCCAUCACAGUCCGAGGUGACAUCGGUGGAGCCCCGAAACUGACAAAAUGUAGUAAACGAUGAAGUCAAAAAUAUAAUAGAAUAUAUCAAUAAAAGAUAUUGUUAGCCAAAUAACAAAUAACAUGAAAACGUCAUACUUUUCCUUUAACCUCCAGUCAGUCUGUUAAAAAUAAAGCAAACGUUUUUUGUUUUUUUCUCGUAACAGUAGCUGAAGCCUUUUAGCUGGCAAGAAAACGCUAACAAACUUAGCUAGCUAAUGCUACUUAGAAGUUUUUUUGUUUACUUUGUUGGACAUUUACAAAAUUUUAAGGAUGAAACCGUAAACUCCAAGAUUUACUUAAAGAUAAUAUGUCUGUGAACUUCCAAGUAGUGUUAGCUAGCUAACUUUUUUAGCGUUAGCUUGCUAAAAUGCUUUAUAUUUCUUUUUACACUUUAAUUUAACAGUAUAACUUAUUGAUAUCCAGUUAUAUUUUGGACUUGUCUGAUAACCUUUUAUUACAUUGUAUCAGUUUCUGGGCCCCAAAGAAGUCUGCAAAUGACUUGUUUUCUCCGACCAACAGCCCAACUCCCCUAAAACAUUACAUUUAAGAUGAUAUAAAAUAGAUAAAAGCAGCAAACUCUCACAUUUUGUGAAUCAGGAAACCAUUAAUGUUUGGCAUUUUUCUUGAUAAAUGACUUAAAUCAUUAAUCCAUUCCCAACUGUUCAAUUUGGCUAAUCAUUUCAGCUCUAGACUUCAUUACAUUUCCUGUUUAACAGGUUUCUUCCGCUCUCAAGCAUCUGUGACAAAUGCAGAACACUACAACAUCAUGAAAAUCUGAAUGCUGUUACUGCAAUAACCACAAUGUUAUUACAUAAAUCCUUGUGUACCCAAUGCCUGAUUUUGUGCCCUGAUGAACGUGAUGAAAACCUCCCUUAACUUUGAAGGAACCUGCACCCAGCUGUGUUAUUAACUCUCACCCAGGCCUUUUUGUACUUUGCUGUCAGAAUAUAUAUAUAUUGGGAGAACUAUAUUUAGCAAAUCUGAAGGUAGUUUAAAGUCAGAUAUCUUAUUUAUUUGUUGUGUAUAAACUUGUAAUCUCAUAAAUAUCCAUGUUUUGUCAUGACGACACUGGAACAAGUCCUAAUCUGUGGACCACUGUGUGUAUUUGUACAAAGCAGCCAUUAUAUUCUAUUUAUGUGAAUCUUUAUCUUGUAUAACUGUAAUUUCCAGGUGCUUACAGGAUCGUUUCCCUCCAUGCUACAAAUAUUCCACAACAGUUGGAUUAAAAGUGGUCCAGUGAGCAUGCUCUGUCCAGUCCAGUUUUACAGCUGUAAAGAGUGUCAUCCUCCUGUCUUUAAAUCUCUUUUAAUAUUUGGGUUUUAUUUUUUUGUUCUUCGUGCUUUUAAACCUUCUUUGGCCAUCGACUCAUUUCUGGAAUUUUCUUUUGAUUUCUGGAUUAAAUAUAAGAAAAUAGCUGUUGAAAGCAGCUUUUUGGUUCUUUUUUUAAUCCUCCGAUGAUAUAUUUUCAUUUUAUAUUUAAAUGAUAUGAAUGUAUUGUGAACUAAAAUUCACAGAGUAUUUUCUUGACAGAUGCUUUUAAUGUAUUUGAGAAGAAAGUGAUACUAUACUAUAUUGCCGUAUUAAAAAAUCAUUAAAAUACA